UAUUUUAAGAUUUUACCCAAAUCCCCCAAUUUCUUCAUCCCCGUAAUCGACUAACCGGCCGUUGCGUCUCUCCAACUCCGACGAUCGCCGCCGAGCUUUCUUACAGGGUCAGUGAGCUUGCAUUGCCGGAAAGGAUUUCGGAAUUUCUAAAGGAUCCGUCUUCAUUGCCGGUCUGCCUUCGUUCCCCUUCCGUUUCUCUGUCUUCCGUUUCCGAUUUUGAUGGUCCCUUCCACCACCGUCGACGUCCGGCUUGCUGUAUUUCUCCGAUGAGAGUUUCCUUUUCUCGUUACAAUGGCGUGCAUGAAACUGGGAUCGAAAUCUGAGGCCUUCCACCGUGAUGGCCAUACCUGGUUCUGCUCAUCUGGGCUGCAAAGUGAUUGCAUAGUUGAAGUCGGGGAAUCAUCGUUCCAUCUCCACAAGUUCCCACUGCUCACCAGAAGCAAACUACUAGAAGAUCUCAUAGCAGAACAAUCAACCAACAAUGGAACCACUUGCAUCCUGCAGCUUGACGAUCUCCCAGGUGGAACAAACAGCUUCCUGCUGGUGGCUAAGUUCUGCUAUGGUGUCCGAAUUGAGCUUGAUGCACUGAACAUUGUCCGCCUUCGAUGUGCAGCAGAAUACCUUGGCAUGACCGAAGAAUAUGGCGAAGGAAACCUCAUAUCACAGACAGAAAAUUUCCUGAAUGAGGUCUUCAACCACUGGACAGACUCUCUUCAGGCUCUAGAAACUUGUGAAGAAGUUUUUCCACUAGCAGAAGAGAUCCACAUUGUCUCGAGAUGCAUCCGCUCGAUAGCAAUGAAAGCUUGUGCUGACCCGUGUCUGUUUAGCUGGCCAAUGUCAGCGCGCAGCAGAGAUGCUACUCGGAGCCCUGAGGAAGGGAACGUCUUCUGGAAUGGGAUAUGGAUUUCGGGGAAGUCGAAUACGGUGGGUGAUGAUUGGUGGUACGAGGAUGUCUCUUUCCUUACACUGCCACUCUACAAGAGGCUGAUUCAGGAGGUGAUCUCAAACGGUAUGAAACCCGAGAAGGUGGCUGGCGCCCUUAUGUGUUAUGCUAGGAGGUACUUGCCUUUGCUCGGUCGACAGUCGAGCUUUCAGAAUGUGAAGCAGGAUGCACUUGGUUCGACUAUUAAGACGACUCCACAGGCGGAUCAAAGAAAUCUGCUUGAAGAGAUUGUGGAGCUUUUGCCUGAUCAGAAGGGCAUUGCUCCGACUAAGUUUCUGCUCCGGCUGUUAAGGACGGCGAUUCUGCUCCAUGCUGGGCCAUCGUGCAAAGAGAAUUUGGAGAAGAGGAUUGGAGCUCAGUUGGACCAGGCGGGUUUGGAAGAUCUCCUGAUACCAAAUGUGGGUUACUCGAGCGAGACGCUGUAUGAUAUCGAUUGUGUUCUGAGGAUGCUUGAUCAUUUCAUGAUGGUGGACCGCGAUGAUCCUCCUCCGACCAAUUUCGUGCUGGAUGAGGGUCAGCUUCUUGGUGGUGAUGGUGGUGCGUCGCAGUCGUUUGCUCCAGUGACAUUGGUGGCAAACCUUAUUGAUAAUUUUCUUGCGGAGGUUGCUUCUGAUGUCAACUUCAGGCUGGCCAAGUUCCAGUCGCUGGCUGCACUAAUUCCUGAUUAUGCCAGGCGAAUCGACGAUGGAAUCUAUCGCGCAAUUGAUAUCUACCUUAAGGCUCAUCCAUGGCUGACAGAUUCCGAGAGGGAGCUCCUCUGCAGGCUAAUGAACUGCCAGAAGCUCUCCCUCGAAGCAAGCACUCACGCAGCACAGAACGAGAGGCUCCCCCUCCGCGUCAUAGUCCAAGUCUUGUUCUUCGAACAGCUCAGGCUACGAACCUCGGUGGCAGGGUGGUUCUACGUCUCAGACAACCUGGACAACUCGCAGAACCCCAGCGGGAACCUGGCAUUGAUGAGGAACGAUGACGGGAUACAAGAACACAGGGAAGAAGUCGAGGUGAGGGAGAGAAUCGUCGAGCUGGAAAAGGAAUGCAUGAGCAUGAAGCAGGAGAUAGAGAAGCUGAUGAAGAACAAGGGGAGCUGGAACAUGUUACUGAGGAAGUUGGGGUUUGGCAGAACGAAGAAGCCAAAUGGAGAUCAGAAACCCAGAAACGGAAAGGAAACUUCGACCAUGGAAGAUUCCACGGCGCCAUUGAUGAACGGUGGAGUUGUGGAUGACGGUGGUGAUCGGAAUAAUGGGAAAUCAGGGAGGUUGAGUUGAUUUUGAAGAUGUAUAAGGAAAUGGUGAUAGAAUUCUAUUUUCUCUUUCUUUUUGCUGGCAUGAAAUAAUAGUCAUUCAUUUUCUGUCAUUACUGUUUUCCGUUACCGAAAAUUUUCUAACUGGAGGAGUGUUUUCCACUUUUGCUAGAUUGGGUUUAAGUGUUUAACCUAAUGGUGUAAAUUAUUGUUAAUGAUGUUGGAAGGACUAAGGGAAACUAUAAAUUUUAUUUUUUAAUUUUCUUACAUA